AUGGCUGCGCCGGUGACAGAUUCCGUGCGAGAAAAAGCUUUGGCAGACUAUAGAAAGAAGCUUCUAGAACAUAAAGAACUAGAGGCUCGAUUGAAAGAAAUGCGAGAAAAUGCCAAAGAGCUGAACAAACAGUAUGACAAGUCCGAGAAUGACCUGAAGGCUCUUCAAAGUGUAGGUCAGAUAGUGGGCGAGGUUCUAAAGCAGUUAACAGAGGAGAAGUUCAUUGUUAAAGCCACAAAUGGGCCGAGGUAUGUUGUGGGCUGUAGAAGGCAGUUGGACAAGAGCAAACUGAAGCCGGGGACACGAGUGGCCUUGGACAUGACCACACUCACAGUAAUGAGGUAUUUACCUCGAGAGGUAGAUCCACUGGUGUAUAACAUGUCAGUGGAGGAUCCAGGGGAAAUCAGUUACAACCAGAUUGGUGGACUUGGGGAGCAAAUUAGAGAACUUAGAGAGGUGUGUCAAAUGGAAAUGAAUUUAAAGAUUGAAAAUAUAAAGACAUCUCUUUGA